AUGCUACACACCGCCCCUUCAAACCUCUCAACAGCUCAACUCCUGGAUCAUCUCCGCUACCUCAAAGCCCAAAUAACAGACCUUGAAAACGCCGUUCUGUAUCCCUACUCUGAGCUCGAAGAUCUUCAGCGGCAAGUGGCCGAGACGCGAGAGAUUUUGCGCGCACGAGGGGUGCAAAUUCGGAAACAAGGAGAAGGGGGAAAAGAUAAUCAAGAACAACGGAAGGAUGGGCAGAAAGCGGAGGAGAAUCAAGUCCGAGAUGUCAACGGAGAGGAGGAAAUGAGCGCUAUGGACGAGAGAUUUGGAAAUGGAUGUCUAUCUGUUCUUUGGAGAUGGCUUUUUGGGAGAUGGAUUAAAUAG